UCCAGUGUGUCGUGCUUUGCGUUUUAGUCACGUGAUUUAUCGGAUAACUAUUUGAGUGCUUGUACGUGUAAGCGAAAUAUGAUGGCAGAAGAAAAUGGUAACUCUUUGUAGUCUAACCAUAUGUCAAUGCAUACAGGAUUGAAGCAUUACUAGCUAGAUGAUGUAUCUAGCUAACAUGGAUCGUUUAAACAUUUACGUCCUUACUUUUAACGUGUGUCGCUUUUUUAAACGAAUCUACCAAUAUCGAAGUGGUAAAUAACUUGAGUUCGUCGAGAAAGCAAAUAUUGCGUUUAUUCUUGUAGCUACUUUAGUGGGAAGCUCAUCUUGCAGCAUUAUAAUAAGGUAUAUGCCAAAUUGUAUGAUCAAGUAAAGGGUGUUCUAGGCAGUUGAGUUAAGGCUUGUAUUCCGCGUUGAAAAAUAUUUUAUGUAGCCAAUGAACUAUCAGGAUUGGUUGACAGCCUACAGGAAAUGCAAGGAAUGCCACAUGGUAGGUUUAUAAAGCAACCGACGGAAGCUGAUCGGCGCCAUUUCACUGCUUUCGUGUUGAAGUCUGUACGAACGUAAACACAACAGUGGAAAUAUUGGAACAAACUAAAAAUCCGAAUCCAUCCUGAUGGAAACGGCCAUUAACCCACCUCUUGACAGCAGUUCUCUGGCGGGGCUGUCUGGCGGUGGAGGUGUCAUCGGGAUGGAGCAGGGUGCCUCAGGCCCUGGCAAGCGCAUUCGCAAGCCCUCGCUGCUGUAUGAGGGCUUUGAGAGCCCCUCGCUGCCCCACGCCGCCACCUUGGGCUCGGGGCCCCCCGCACCACCCCAGCCCCCUGUCAAGGAUCCGGGGCGCCAGGGCCGUAUGACCAACCAGCUGCAGUUUCUACAGAAGGCCCUGCUGAAGUCUCUGUGGAGGCACCACUUUGCCUGGCCCUUCCACGAACCUGUGGACGCCUUUCGGCUCAGUCUGCCGGAUUAUCAUAAGAUCAUCAAGCAGCCAAUGGACAUGGGCACCAUCAAGAAGCGCCUGGAGAACAACUACUACCGCAGUGCUAGCGAGUGCAUGCAGGACUUCAACACCAUGUUUACCAACUGCUACAUAUACAACAAGCCCACAGAUGACAUAGUGCUGAUGGCCCAGUCUCUGGAGAAGGUCUUCCUACAGAAGGUGGCCCAGAUGCCCCAGGAGGAAAUUGAGCUGGCCCCUCCUGCCCCACGAGGCAAGCUGGGAAAAGCUGGCAAGGGUCGCAAGGCCAACGCUGUGAGAGCCCACCAGGUGCCGGCUGUGUCUCAGUCCGCCUACUCGCCCUCCUCCUCAGACACCGCCGACUCCAUGCUCUCCAACUCCCCCCAGACCGUUCUGACCAAGAGCCUGCCUCCUGCCUCCAUGCUAGGCAUGCCACACACACAGCCCACUGCCAAGAAGAAGGGAGUGAAGCGGAAGGCUGACACCACCACCCCCUCCACCAUGGGCCUGCCCGUGGGCGUCGGAGCCCGGAUGGUGGGCCUCGGGAAGGGAGGUCACGGGGGCCAGGUUCAUGACCCCUCCUCUGCACUCUCGCUGUCCUCCUUGGGGGGCAUGGGCAUGGAGGCCCCCCCGGGUAUGGGCCUGGUCAGGGGUGCCGUAGGGCCAGGGGGGCCCGUCCUGCUCCAGCCCAUGAUGGCUGGGGGUGGGAAAGUCAUGGGCCGCAGAGGAGGCAGCGGACGCCCCAUUAAACCCCCCAAGAAGGACCUGCCAGACUCUUUGCAGGUCCCGCCGAUGCGGCGGGGCAAGCUGAGCCAGCAGCUACGCUAUUGCAACGGGGUUCUGAAGGAUCUGGUGUCCAAGAAGCACACGGCGUACGCCUGGCCCUUCUACAAGCCUGUCGACGCCUCAGCUCUGGGUGUGCACGACUAUCACGACAUCAUCAAGUACCCCAUGGACCUCAGCACCGUCAAGAGGAAGAUGGACUGUCGUGAGUACAGGGACUCUCAGCAGUUUGCGGGGGACAUCCGCCUCAUGUUUUCCAACUGCUACAAGUACAACCCCCCUGACCACGAUGUGGUAGGCAUGGCCCGCAAGCUACAGGAUGUGUUCGAGUUCCGCUUUGCCAAGAUGCCUGACGAGCCUGUCAAGGAUCGUCCGGCCAUGUCCCUCGGGAUUCGUCCCUCCUCGUCCUCUUCGUCCUCCUCCUCCUCCUCGUCGGAGAGCGAGCCCAGCAGCGACAGCGAAGAGAGCAGGAGCAGCCCGAGCUCAGACAGCGAGGAGGAGCGGGCCCAGCGGCUGGCUCAGCUGCAGGACCAGGUCUGCACACAGCUCCGAGCCGUGCACGAGCAGCUGGCAGCCCUCUCUCACGGGCCCAUCAUCAAACCCAAGAAGAAGAGGGACAAGAAGGACAAGAAGGAGAAGAAGAAAAAGAAGAAGCCGGAAAAACGGGGGCGAGGGGGAGGGGAGCGAGGGGGGGGAGGAGGAGGGGAGGAACGCGAAAAGCCGGCCAAGGUUUCCAAGAGCAAGUCUGGACGAGGGACUGGGGUAGUGCCCACCCAGGGCAAGAGGGGCCCCGGUCGCAAGAAGAACAGCAAGACCACCAAGAAGUCCCAGGCGUCAGCGGCCCUCUACGCCCCGCCGGCUUCCUCCAUGCUGCCCCACUACGACUCCGAGGAGGAGGAGGAGACGUCGCCCAUGAGCUACGACGAUAAGCGCCAGCUCAGCCUCGACAUCAACAAGCUCCCGGGCGAGAAGCUGGGCCGGGUGGUCCACAUCAUCCAGGCGCGCGAGCCCUCGCUGCGCGACACCAACCCGGAGGAGAUCGAGAUCGACUUUGAGACGCUCAAGCCGUCCACGCUGCGGGAGCUGGAGAGAUACGUGAUGACUUGCCUGAGGAAGAAGCCCCGCAAGCCCUACGUGAAAAAGAUGGGAAGUGGGAAGUCGAAGGAGGAGCUGACCCAGGAGAAGCAGAGAGAGCUGGAGAGGCGGCUGCAGGAUGUCAGCGGACAGCUCAACUCGGCCAAAAAGCCCCAGAAACCCAAAGUGGAGAAGCAGAGCAGCGUGGAGCCUCACGCCCAGCCCUCGCGCCUCAGCGCUAGCAGCUCCAGCUCCGACUCCUCCUCCUCAUCAUCCUCCUCCUCAGACACCAGCGACUCAGAUUCUGGCUGAGCCACCAGCCACCACCAGCCAAGAGAGAAGCACCCGGAGAGAAGAACUCAGGGACAUGGGUGGUACAGGGCUAAUGUUGUAUCCCCCCCUCCUUGAGUUGACAGGAAGGGGGCAGCCCUGACGAGACACCCCAGGUGGAACGCUCCAUUUCAAAGCAGGGCGGGGGGGGAUUGUGGACUUUGUAUGUGAAGACAGAGGAAGAGAGAUCAAAGGCCAGCAUGUAUACACGCAAAACAAAAACACUAAAUGCCUUGAUUUUCCUAUAAUUCUCUUCUCUAACCUGUGUAAAUACUUGUACAAAUGUAUCUAUGUUUCUUUUAUAAAGAAGAAUUUUAUGGAAAUCCCCCAAAGAGGGGAGACAGGAAGUGAAAAGAUGUAGUGAGAUGCUCUUUAUCCUAAAUCCAAAUCCUCGACCCCCGGUAUAGCACUUCCAUGGUUCAUUGCUUCCCUGAGAUCCUGGAAAAAACAUUGCAAGUUGGAAGCACUGUGAUGUAAAGUCUGGCUGGCUUUCAAGGUUGGAUUGAGCUUUUUCCUCCCAUAUUGCUGACAUCGUCCUGAUAUGUUUAUAUUGGCAAAGGGGCCUUCCAUGACAGUGAAAAAAAAACUAACAAAAAACAGGUACUAGAUGUCAAUUUUGGGUGGUGUGUUUUGUCUAGUUACGUGUAUUAGAUCUGCAGUCACAAGUGAGUUUAUUUUGAUUUCUUAAGCAACUACCUGAGCUGUCCUUCUAACCUGUAUUUCAUUAAGGUGUCGUCGAAGAUAAAGUUCAGUUUGAUUGGGUUGGAAAUGUGUCUAAACAUAUUUCCAUAAUGUGUGGAUUGCAGUUUCUGCACAAGUGGGCUGCUUGUGGUGACUACAAUAUAGACAAAACCUUGAGUCAGACUUCGAGAUGUGUUCUUUGGGUUAUAUUGUCGGACAGAUUCACCAAAUAGCAUAUUACGUUUUUGAAACACUUGGACUAACCGUGGAUGUGUCGCUAUUGAUAAAUAACAAAUAGAAAAUCAUGUUAAACUUACCCACUUCCACAGCAUGACAUGCCAAGCCUGGAACUGGAAAUCACUAUGACGAUUAGCUGUUUUGUUUGUAAGCAACUCUUGUCAUGCUAAAUUUCAUGGUAGCAUAGCCCUGUACUAAACAGUUGUUACAGCAGGCUGGGUAACACAUACAUCAUUGACCUUCUAGAAGUUGCAAAUGCUGUUGGAAUGUAAGAGAUGUAAGCUUUUCUGUUGCACCUUCAUUUUUGUAAAGGACAUUUAUUUCUGGCAGAUGAUACUUCUGGUCUCUAAUUAUUUAGAAAUCCUUGGACAUUUUAUGUAUCUUAGCAACUUGAGGUUCUUAGUUGAACCAAGAAAAUUCACUAGAUGGUAGAUGUACACAAACUGUUACUGAACGAUCUGUAAAGAAUCUACUGUAUGUAAUAUACUGAAUGUCAAAGUCUUUGUUCAAACAGUGAGUAUUUUUUCCUGUCCUGCUUUUCCUUUUGUAUUCUAUAUUUCUCCUCAGACGUGACACUUCUAGUUAUCGUUUGUUUUUUUACAAACAUGUUAUGGAUAUUGUUAGCCCCUGGUUGACUGGAAUGCUGCCUCAGAAACAUACCUUUCAUUUUACAACUGUAUAAUAAAAGAAAAAAAUCCUCUUCUAUGAAACAAGA